UUCAGUGUUGAAUUUUGAUAACAAGCAACAACUCUGAUGGCUGACAAAGAAGAAUUGAGCUGUCUACUGAUGUUUCAGUGCAGUGUAAUCUAAUAAAAGGAGCAGCUAGAGCCUGAAUUUGCAUUUGAAAUGCCUCAGCUGUGUUUGGAGAUGUGUUUCAGUGGAAAAAGCUCAUGAAGCUGCUCUGUAACGUCCUUCUCUGUCUGCUGAUUGUGUUUCCUGUUUCUUCACUGUGGAAAUCUUGAAACCCUGCAAGGAAGGCUGAUUUCCUGGGCUAAGAAACUGAAGAUCUCUUUGGAGCAUUUCUGAGCUCUCAGGAAUUCUCAGAUUAUCACCAGUUCUUCCAGUGUUCAGCACAGUCUUCUUUGAUGGGUAGAGGGUGAAUGAAUGGAUGGGAAAGGCUCAGUAACCGAUUCCUGUCACCCUCUGGAAAAAAGGAGCUAAAAGGCCCACCUUUUAUGUGGCAAAACUAAGGACAGGGUCACACUGCGAUUAAAUGGCAUCAGAAAUCACCUAUGCUGAGGUGAAGUUCAAAAAUGACUCGUCGGCUCCAGUGGUCAAAGGACCCCCUGAGACAAAGAAGCCUGAGCAACAUCCCCAGAAGUACCCACUCUGGCUGCCAUGGUUGAUCUCACUGCUGCUUCUCUUGGUGUGCAUUGCCCUUGUUGUCGUCCUCCUUGUGCUUCCCUUGUGCCACAGCAGUGCCCAGCCCUCAGCCCUGCAGCAGCAGUUCUUGCAGUGGGAGUGCAACUCAGCGGUGCCACAAGGCACAGACCGAGGCUGGACGUGCUGCCCAAAGGGCUGGAGAAGGUUUCAAGGAAGCUGCUAUUUCCUAUCCACUGAUAAGUUGAAUUGUGUUAAGAGUGCACAGAACUGCAGUGGGAUGGGCUCCCAGCUGGUGGUGAUCAGCAGCAAGGUAGAGCAGGAUUUCCUCUCUGAGCAAACAAAACAAACUCCAAACAGAGUGAAUUUCUACAUUGGUCUGUUUGAAGAUAAGGUGGGCCAGUGGCAGUGGGUGGACAAGACUCCAUACAAUGUGACAGCAGCGUUCUGGCGAGAAGGAGAACCAAGUCCAGGCCAUGAUGAGAACUGCACUGUAAUCUAUGUGUCUGAACCAACUCUCAACAACUGGAAUGACGUCAAACCAAAUACACAACAUCAUCGAAUUUGUGAAGCUGCAGCAGUAAUUGUGUGAUGGAAAUACCCCUGUCCUGACUAAAGCUGGGAGCUGAGUGGGGAGCUGGGAGCAUUGCUGGGAGGGCUCAGGAGCUCUGAGACAUCUUCACUGUGUGGGGUGGGACCAUGUGCUUGUGG